AUGAGUACUUUCGAGCCCUUUCAAAAAAACAGCGACAAUGUCAUCCGCCAUUGCAGCAUCAUCUUCAAACUUCGUCAGGAUGGUAGCGUUUUACUGCAGCUGUCCGAACCAAAAUCGGGCGCUGUAGGCUGCCCAAUUCGCUAUUACUUUAUUCAACUGCGUUAUUUCCAGGACGUCUACAAUGCAAGCAGGAGCAACAUUCUCUUUGAUUACGGCUGGCCAGACAGCGAAAAUAUUCAUAGCCUCGAUUACGCGAACCGCCAGCUCCUGAUCUUUCGUACCAUCAAGUAUCAUCUGUUGAGAGACGAAGCGUUCCAAAAGACUUGGCGGGAAGACUCAUGCGAUAACUCUGGGGUGGUUGCUUCGAUCAAUGGGUGCUUUCCCGCGAGGGUUUGGCCAAAGUCUUCGGAAGGUGGAGAAAGCUUGAGGUAUGACUGUGGAAAUAAAUCAGAGCAACGGUGGAUGCGUUUGCUUAUCGAUGAGGCACGGGUUGUUGAGAAUGAUCCCAGCGAUAAACACUACUGGUCCACAGGCUGUUUGGAGAUAGUUCUAGGCUCAGCUUCGUUCCUGACGGACGAAACACAGAUAUCGUGCUCAAUUUCGAUCUCUGGGAGGACGGAUGACUUUACAGACUACCCCAGCAAGCGUCCUCGAACCAUGCUCACCGAUGAGUGUGAGGAUCAGAACCAAGCGGAUAUUGACACGCUUGGUUUCCAGGAAUACCGCGUCAUUGCCUACACGAAGGAUAUCCUACGAAUAAAUCCGAACCUCGAGAAGGAAAUCCGCCGGCUGAAACUCGCCUACUCCGGGCUACCAUAUCUUCUUCGCGCAAAAAUUCACUUUACUCCGAUACAUUCGCUUGUAUCCUUUUCUCUGUAG